AUGAAGGAAGUGAGGAGGAUGCAGCAUGUGCUGAAGGUGGAGCUGAGGAGGGCCAAGGACUCCUCCAGGAGGAGGCUGGAGACCAAACUCCAGCAGAACAACAUGAGAGGACGCCGGCAGCCUAACAGGCCCCGGGGGAAACAAGCCGGCAUCAGGAACAGGUUGAGGCUACGAGCACACCGACCACCACUGCCCAGCAUCCUGCUCUCCAACGUCCAGUCCCUGGACAACAAGCUGGACGAGCUCAGCGCCAGGAUCAGGUGGUCCGAGUGGGGAACCACCCUGACCAUCGGCGCCCCCCAGCGCUGUGUGCUGGGCCCUCUGCUGGACUCACUGCACACCAAUGGCUGCCUGUCCACAUCACACUCUGACACCAUCACCAAUGACUCUGUCAAACCUCCCCAUGGACCAGCUGAACCCGGUCCAUCUGGACCAGCUGAACCCGGUCCAUCUGGACCUGAACCUGGUCCAUCUGGACCAGCUGAACCCGGUCCAUCUGGACCAGCUAAACCCGGUCCAUCUGGACCACCUGAACCCGGUCUAUCUGGAUCACCUGAACAUGGUCUAUCUGGACCACCUGAACCUGCUCUAUCUGGACCACCUGAACCCGGUCCAUCUGGACCACUGAACCUGGACCAUCUGGACCACCUGAACCUGCUCUAUCUGGACCACCUGAACCUGGUCCAUCUGGACCACCUGAACCUGCUCUAUCUGGACCACCUGAACCCGGUCUAUCUGGAUCACCUGAACAUGGUCUAUCUGGACCACCUGAACCCGGUCCAUCUGGACCACCUGAACCCGGUCUAUCUGGACCACCUGAACAUGGUCCAUCUGGACCACCUGAACCCGGUCCAUCUGGUCCAGCUGAACCUGCUCUAUCUGAACCACCUGAACCUGCUCCAUCUGGACCACCUGAACCCGGUCUAUCUGGACCAGCUGAACCCGGUCUAUCUGGAUCAGCUGAACCUGCUUGAACCUCCAGCAGACCUCCAGAUGUCCUGA